UCCUACGCCGCCGUCACGUGAGCUGAGUCGCUCUAUACUCUACGGUCCUCACAAACAGUGCGGCUAUCAGCUGACGGACUGUCGUUCGAUAUUUGAAUUUAUGUCAAAAGUUUUUGUUUCUUAUCUGCCAGUUGUAUUUGGGAAUGUGUUUGUGAUUUGUUUUAUCUGUGGACAAUGAUCACCGAUAUGUACGCGCCGUUUGCGGCGCCGCCGAACAAAACAAUUGAACAUCCGAGUUUACGCGGCACGCCUCUGGCGAUGCUUGCGGCCCAGUGUAACAAGUUGUCGAGCAAGUCUCCGCCGCCGCUCGCCGAUGCUGCCGUGGGCAAGGGAUUUCAUCCUUGGAAGAAGAGUCCAGGAACACAUUCCCCUCCCGGCGCAGGCGUCGCGCCACGCUCUCAGCCCCCCUCGUGCUCCCCUUACUCGCGAGCCCCCACCUCAUGUGCAGCUGCUCCUGGAUACGGAAACGAUCUUUACUUCCCAUCUUCUGGGGAUCAACUUCUCGGUAAAAGUGAAUCCAGUGCAAGUCUAGGAUCAAUGUAUUCAAGACACCCUUACGAGUCCUGGCCUUUUAACGUUGGAGGCGGAGGAAGUAGUGGAGCCCUUAAAGCAGCAGAAAUGGGCGGCGUCGGUGCAGUAGGAAGCACCUGGUGGGAUGUCCACAGUGGAUGGCUCGACGUCGGUGGGCAGAUGGCAAAUUACACCGGACAGGAUUAUUCACAACUAACGCAUUCGCUUUCUGGUGGAGCUCAUUUACUCCCACCAGCUCCACAUCUGCUCCAAGAUGCUUAUAAGUCAGUAUUGCCCUCUCAAGGUUCAUUUGGACUACAUGGUCCAGGCUCACCCGCCCCGCCAACCCAAGCUCCAUCACCCAGAUCCCAAAGACGGUAUGCCGGCCGCGCUACCUGUGACUGUCCAAACUGUCAAGAAGCAGAACGUCUCGGACCAGCUGGAGCCCACCUCCGCAAGAAGAACAUUCAUAGUUGUCACAUUCCUGGAUGUGGGAAAGUAUACGGAAAAACAUCUCAUCUAAAGGCACAUUUACGCUGGCAUACGGGAGAGAGACCAUUUGUGUGUAACUGGCUAUUUUGUGGGAAAAGGUUCACUCGUUCUGAUGAACUGCAGAGACACCUCAGAACGCACACUGGCGAGAAGAGAUUUGCGUGUCCCGUGUGCAAUAAGCGAUUUAUGAGGUCAGAUCAUCUGGCGAAGCAUGUAAAGACUCACAACGGCGGCAAGAAAGGAAGUUCGGAGUCGUGUUCAGACUCUGAAGAGAACAGCCAGGGUGAGGGUGGGAUCGGUAGCAGGACUCCUGAGCACCACCUGGACGUGAAGCCAGGCUCCCUGGUUUGACGGGGGUACGCGGCGCUGUCGGUGCCGCAUCACGCCUCCUCGCUUCUGUGAUAAGCUCACGCCAUCUGUGUACAGCACAUAUCAAAAGUGGAAAGCAAACACAAUUUGUACAGACAGACUGUUAUUCUCUGACGUGAGAACCGACGUGUACAGUAUAUUAAUAAAUAUAUUAUCUUAGAAUAACUCUAGCUAUAAAUCGAUAUUAAUAAUAUGAUUAUUUUAAUAGUUUAAAUAGAUAUCAUAUGUCCGAAGUUGCAGGUUAUAUUUAUUGUAAUAAUAAUACCUCAGAAGGUUCCCGCUAAACGAAAGUUUAUAUAAUAAAUAGAACGUUAUAUGUAUUAUAUUAUAUAAUAUUAUUAGUCUUAAUUCACAUGGUUUAUGUUUAAGCCAGACACGCAUUUUGUUAUAAUUAUUUUUAAGAACGUGAGCACAUCUCUGGCAUCUAUAGUUUAAACCUAACCUAAAAUGUACCUACCUAAUUUAAUUUAAAAUAUUUUUAAUUUGUCACCAGUUUCAAAUUGAGUUUGAUGAAUGUAUGUCUUAUAAAAUAUGUAGGUACAACGAAAUGAAAUUCAAAUGCCUGAUACUGAUUUUUAAAAAUGAAAUAUAUUUUCCGAGUGGGA